AUGCAACACAUGCUCGAAGCAAGCACGGAACUGCCUCCGCCCCGAACUUCCACCACCAGCUGUCCAUUGAACGACCACAUCCACCACUCCCACCACACCCAGUACCCUCACACAACACGCCCCGAUACCGCACCCCCACAAACCGCAACCAUGGCUCCCAAUAUGUCCCUCUUCUCCGUCAACGCGAUCCUCAUCCUCUCCACCGACGACUCCUCCCGCAUCCUCGCCAAAUACUACUCCCCACCACACAUCCCGUCCACAGCAGUAGGCAACGACUACCCCGGCGCAAACCCCUACCCCAAUCUCAAGGACCAAAAAGCCUUCGAAAAGGGUCUCCUCGAGAAAACGGCGAAAACUACCAGCGAUGUGAUCCUAUACGACAACAGAGUCGUGGUCUUCAAGACAGAGGCAGACACAAUGCUCUACGUCGUCGGCGGCGCGGACGAGAAUGAGAUUAUGCUCUACAACGUAAUCCUCGCCCUACGAGACUCACUGAACAUACUCCUCAAAAACUCCGUCGACAAGCGCACCCUAAUCGAAAACUACGACCUCGCCUCCCUCUGCAUCGACGAAAUCGUCGACGACGGCAUCAUCCUCGAGACGGAUCCCGUCAUUGUCGCGAGUCGGGUGAGCAGACCGCCGCAGCAGGAUAUUCCGAACAUGCAGGGGAUUGAUCUGAGUGAGGAGGGGUUGCUGAAGUUGUAUUCGUUUGGAAAGCAGAAGUUGGGGGAGAGGUUACGGCAGGGUUUGUAG